AUUAUCACUAGUUUAACAUCGACUAUGAGUGUUCAAUUCAUCAACAACCUAAACCAGUCAAGUCAAACUCACUCGCACGAACCUGGCGGUGUACCUCACACUCACGAUCAUGGCGACCACGGACAUACACACGAGCACCUAGAUCACCCAGGUAAAUUCUCGGAGCGGGACCUUCCCGACUACUCUCUACGAAACUUCCAAGAAAGAGGCUUUACCGUCGGAAUUGGUGGCCCUGUUGGUUCCGGUAAAACAGCCUUAACCCUUGCAUUAUGCAAGAAGCUUCGUAGUAAAUAUAACAUCGCUACUGUGACGAACGACAUCUUCACUCGCGAAGACCAAGAAUUCCUUAUCAAGAAUAAGGCACUCCCAACGCCUCGUAUCCUAGCCAUUGAGACUGGUGGCUGUCCUCAUGCGGCAAUCCGCGAGGAUAUUAGUGCGAACAUGGGUGCUCUGGAGACACUUCAAGCGAAGUUUGGCUGCCAACUCCUUUUUGUGGAAAGUGGAGGAGAUAACUUAGCUGCCAAUUAUUCUCGGGAAUUAGCUGACUACAUCAUAUAUGUAAUAGACGUGGCGGGAGGAGACAAGAUUCCCCGUAAAGGUGGGCCAGGAAUUUCGCAGUCUGACCUUUUGAUAAUCAACAAGAUCGACAUCGCGCAAUAUGUUGGCGCAUCUCUUGAUGUGAUGAGACGUGAUUCGAAACUCAUGCGUGGAGACGGCCCAACUAUCUUCGCGAGCAUAAAGAACGACAAAGGCGUCGACGACGUCGUGGAACUUAUAUUGGGCGCUUGGCGAACAGCUGGCGAACCCGGCAUACAAGGUGCAAUGGGCGAUAAUGAGUGAGGGGCAAUAAAAGAACGGUUGAAAGAAUUGCGAUAUGACGGGUGAGGAGGUGAUGAAACGAAUGCUAUAAAGAACUGUAAGCGGUCGCCUUUGUAUUGUAUCGCGGUGUUAAGCAUGACACCGUUGAAUUUCUUUCGAAGUGCCAGGUGGGCACUCUAUACAAGAGUGGAUUUUCAGGUCAUGUUGUCUGAUCCUCCUGGAACAUACCACUCCAACGAUGUUACUAGUAUUACUCGUCUCUGGCUGCAUAGAGCUGCGGUUUGUCCAUGUCAUAUCACAAAGGACUACUUCUGCAAAUAUAGUAGUACUUCGAGUUUAAGCCGCUACCGUGACAGCCUGGCUCCUGCUUGUAAACUUUUUUUGGAAAUUACUCUCAACUAUUUAUUUUGCGACA